CGGCUGCGCGCGCAGGUGUGGUCAUCAGAACUGGAUUGACAGGUUUUGUGUGUUUUUGGGCCUCCAAAGAUUUAAAAGUCACUAGAAACUUGGCGAAGGUUCUCCUGUUUUUCUCCCUCAAGUAAACUGGGCGGAAGUUUCCAGCUCAUAACCUCCAGACACACACACUCGAAGAUCCAAAAGGACGGCAGGAAUAAGGAAGCAAGGAAUGUCGAGAAGUAGAAUCUCCAAGUACUUUUGAAAGGAAAGCCAUGGAUCGCUACGGAGACCUGGACUUGGAGUGUGAUGGCGGAGACGUGGCCGGAAAAGGAGGCGUGUUUAAGGGAAGGUUCAAGAAGACGCCUAAACUGUCCAAGGAAGCACAACCACCACAAUUGACGUUCUUGCAGCAAAAUCAAGAAAUUUCAACCAGUAACGACAGCUUAGACGGCAAAUCUUCCAAGCAGUAUCGUGAAAAGGAGAAGUUAGAAGGCUCCAAAGAAAACCUUGCAGAGAAACACAAAUCCAAACAGAGUGGCUUCAGUGCUUUGAUGAACACCCUCUCCUUUGACAAGCAGGGGAAGGACAAUACAGACGUGGAUGUAGAGGAGACAUUGGACAAUGCAGAGAACCAGGCCAGCCACAAACAGAGCAAACUAGCAGGAGUGAUGGCCAAACUGAAUCCAUUUAAAAAUGAAAAUAAAGAGGAGAAGCAGAGUGAGUCCAGCGAUGAGGACACGCCCGCCAGCACUGACAAGACAUCCUCUCACAAACAGGUGACGCUCUUGCAGCAAAAUCAAGACAUUUCAGCGAGUAACGACAGCUUAGACGGCAAAUCUUCCAAGGACAAGUCAAGCAUGUUGGGUGGGAUCUUUAAGCGACCUUACAAAAAGGGACACGCCCGCAGGCCCUCGCAGGAUCUUCUGGAUAUUGAUUUGUCUGCUAGCAACAACAAUGACAAUGAGAGCACCAAGGAGCCAGCAGACAUAUUCAAAAAGUCACCAAAGCCUUUAAAAGAAAAGACUAAAUCUCAAGACAAUUUGACAGUGGACAAUGAAGUAUCUGCCAACAGUGAUAGUCUUACAGAGAAGACAGCCAAGGUGACGCUCUUGCAGCAAAAUCAAGACAUUUCAGCCAGUAACGACAGCUUAGACGGCAAAUCUUCCAAGGACAAGUCAAGCAUGUUGGGUGGGAUCUUUAAGCGACCUUACAAAAAGGGACACGCCCGCAGGCCCUCGCAGGAUCUUCUGGAUAUUGAUUUGUCUGCUAGCAACAACAAUGACAAUGAGAGCACCAAGGAGCCAGCAGACAUAUUCAAAAAGUCACCAAAGCCUUUAAAAGAAAAGACUAAAUCUCAGGACAAUUUGACAGUGGACAAUGAAGUAUCUGCCAACAGUGACAGUCUUACAGAGAAGACAGCCAAGUAUCGUGAAAAGGAGAAGUUAGAAGGCUCCAAAGAAAACCUUGCAGAGAAACACAAAUCCAAACAGAGUGGCUUCAGUGCUUUGAUGAACACCCUCUCCUUUGACAAGCAGGGGAAGGACAAUACAGACGUGGAUGUAGAGGAGACAUUGGACAAUGCAGAGAACCAGGCCAGCCACAAACAGAGCAAACUAGCAGGAGUGAUGGCCAAACUGAAUCCAUUUAAAAAUGAAAAUAAAGAGGAGAAGCAGAGUGAGUCCAGCGAUGAGGACACGCCCGCCAGCACUGACAAGACAUCCUCUCACAAACAGAAAGAGCCAAAAGAUACAGACACACUCAAAGGAGCUGAGAAACAAAUGGAGGGUAAACCGAAAGCUCUCAAAAACGUGGACGGAGAGAGCUACCAUAGAAGUGAAAUACCACCAGUUCCACCUCGACGCACUCCGAAGGAGAAGAGCGGCACACCAGUGCAGGAGAAAGGGAAGACAAAAUCAUCUGAGGGCGCUCAGGAGGAGAAGUUAUCAGGCUCCAAAGAAAACCUCACAGACAAACCCAAAGUCAGACAGAAGGGCUUCAGUGCCAUGAUGAAGAGCACCUUCUACUCCGACAAGCAGGAGAACGCUGAUGUUGGGGAGACAUUGGACAAGGCAGAGAACCAGGCCAGCCACAAACAGAGUAAAUUUGCUGAAGCGAUGAACAUAAUGAAUCCAUUUAAAUAUGCACAAAAAGACAAGCCGAGUGAUUCCAGUGACGAGGACGCAGCCACUGACAAGUCAUCCAGCCACAAACAGGCCAAUAAGGACGUGCUGUCUGGAAAGAAACCUGACAAAGAAGCUCCAACAAUUCCGUCCCAAAAGCCCCUGAAGAAGGAGUUGAGGAACAGAGCUGCCAACGCGUGUGUGCAGGAGGACCAGCAGCAGAGCCAAUCAGACGAGGAGAUCCUGAAGGACAAAGCAACACGCCAACGGGGGGACGAGGUGACACCAGCGGAGAGCAAACCGAACAAGAAAAAAACAAAGCACCUCAACCCGUUAUUGCAAGCUGCUGCCCAGCCUCCAUCAGACGACGAAGGACUGAAAGACCAAACAGAGAAAGGCGACGAGUCCAGACAGGAACUUGAGAUGGACGGCACUAACAAACCAGAAGAGGUCAAAGUCAAGAAGCCCAAGCGACACAAUCCCUUCAUGCCUCGCGUCAAGGCCAAAGUGACCCAGAGAAGAACACAUGAGGAAGAGAACGAAGGUGUAAACUUACCUCUGUUUGAACGACUGGACGAGUUCCGUGUGGACAGUCCGCAGCCUGAGGACGUCCAGGAUAUGAAUGAUCUCAUGGAAUGGUGGAAAACUGUGGAGUCCUGGGAGGACACGCCUCAGGAUGAGGACAUGACGGAGAAAGAAGAGGCCAAAGCGUUUGCUGUGACGGCGGACAAAGUGCAGAAGGGCAUCCGCGUCUUCAACAAGCUCUUCUCGGAGCGCGCAGAGAGCCUUUGGGAUCACGUCAUCGAAUUGCGCAGCAUCGCCGACACCCUGGAUAAGUUCAGCAAGAACACCAAGAUCGCUCAGAUCACUGGCGGCUCCACCAGCGCCAUCGGGGGCGUGGCCACCAUCACCGGCUUGGCUUUGGCGCCCGUCACCUUCGGGACCUCCCUGAUCGUGACAGCGGUGGGCCUGGGCGUGGCGGCGGCAGGCGGGCUCACCUCGGCGGGGGCCGGCAUCUCCAACCAGGUGAACAACUCCCUGGACCGUAAGAAGGUGGAGAAGAUAGUGAAGGACUACGAGCAGAAGAUGGUGGACCUCAACAAGUGCCUUCUCUUCAUCAAGCAAGGGAUUGAGAACCUGCGGCGUUUCGACCUCAUCAAGAUGAAGAACAACGCCUACAACCGAGACUUCCCCGCGCUCACCUCCAGCUUUUACGAGGACGGCGCCAUGGCAGGCAAGGCCAUCCUCAUCAACGCCAACGAGAUCAUGCGCGUGGUGCAGAUCGCCAACGUGGCCGGCAGCACGGCGGCCAGGGCGGUCCAGAUCGCCAGCAUGGCCACCGGGGUCCUGACGGGACUGUUCGUGGCCAUGGACAUCUACUUCGUGACCAAGGACUCCAAAGAACUAAAGAAGGGCGCCAAGUCCGAGUUUGCCAGCAAGAUCAGGGAGGUGGCCAGUCAGCUCCACGACGGCCUGGUGGAGCUCAACACCAUACGGGAUGAGCUGAAGGGCACCACACCGCAGGACAACCAGGAGGACAACCAGGAGGACAAGAAGAAGUACGACUACGACGUUCCGGAAGAAGACGAAAUUGACCGCAUCAAAAAAGCCUACAAGAAGGAUCUGGACAACAGAGAAUACGUGUGAGAGAACACCUUCAAGCUUGGUCAGAGGAUGGUGCCUCCUUCCAACAUAAUAACUACAAGUACUUUUUUAUCAACCUAACAAAUAUAUCUUGCUACUUCCUCUCAUCCCAGCGAGAACCAGACUCCUUUUGGAGGAUUAUAACAUCAAUCCUCCCAGAAUUCCUCAUCUUCUACAGCAGGGUUAGGGAACCUGUGGCUCUUUUGAUGACUGCAUCUGGCUCUCAGAUCAAUCUUAGCUGACAUUGCUUAACACGAUAAGUAAUUAAUAAUCCCGCUGGAAAUCACAGGGUUAAAAAUAACGUUCAAAAUAUAAAACAUUCUCAUGCAUUUUAAUCCAUCCAUCUGUUUUCUACCGCACCUGUUCAAGCUUGCGGGUGCUCAGCCAAUCCCAGCUGUCCUUUGGAGUACAGGAGGGUCGCAUUAAUGGUAAGAAGUAUUUGCUUUAUUCUUGGUUCGCUUCAGAAUACCAAUGGUAUUAAAAAGAAUAAGAGACUUAUUGUACUCUAAAAAUGGUGGUCUUACUUAAAAAUGCAGGCGUUUAGUUGUAUUCAGUCUUAAAAAAUAUUACACGGCUCUCACGGGAAUACAUUUUACAAUAUUUGGCUUUCAUGGCUCUCUCAGCCAAAAAGGUUCCCGACCCCUGUUCUACACCAACAGUUUUUGUGGUCUAAGCUUGUCGAACAAGAGGAGCCACAGAUUCAGGAUCACUGGUCCAACGUUUCCAGGAGGAAUGGAGAAAUGUGGCCUUUAUGACUCAAACUCAUCUACAAAACGUGUAACAAAGUAAACUUCCUGUGAGUGUUUGCUGAUUGAAUGUAAGACCUUUUUAGCAAAGUUACUUUCAAAUGUGUUGACAGUUUUAUAUGUUUUGACACUUUAUGCUUUUUAAUAUUAUUGUCCAGUUGCAGGAAUUAGUAUCAACCCUAUUUGAUUUUACAUUUAUGCUAAUUGCUGUUUUGAAAACACUUUUAAGUGCAUUUUUGUUCGUUUUUGUUUCUGUAAAACUGGAGGAUUUUUAAAAACAAUCACAUGCUAGCAAGCUAGCGUUAGUGCUGACAUACGGAAACACUCACUGGAUGUAAAUAGAUUUAGUAUUUCUUUGUAGAAAACUAUUUUUGGUAUUAAUAUUUUCGGUUUCAUGUUGACAUAGCAAGCAUUGUUUGCACUGGAUAAUAUAUAUCCUCUAUGCAGGAUUUAUUUAAUGAACGUUCUAUUUAUUUUGUUGUCUUCUGGGCGGAGCUAAUACAUUAUUCUGCAAUUAAUGUGUAAUAUAUUUUAAGAUGACAAUAAAGGCCAUAUAACUUUUU